AUGGACUGGAGUAUAAAGUUUAGGACGUACGACCUAGAAGUUUUCCCUUUUUGUACUGGACGAGGCGGGUGUUUUGGUCGCUGUUCUUCUUGGCCACGUACGAGUGUGGAGUUCGCCGAGUACAUCGUACCCAAUCCGAUCGUCAUUCGGCUGGCGCGGGAGCAAGAAUCACUCGAUAACAUCAAACAGUACUACGUGAAGUGCGGCAACCAGGAUGGUCACUCGGUAGCGGUACUGUCCGGUGAUCUAACGGUGGAACAACGGUUGGACGCUCUGGAUCGAUUCCGAAAUGGACUAGAGAAGGUACAGAUUAAAACGAACGUUUUGUCCAGGGGUAUCGACGUCGAACAGGUGACCAUUGUCGUCAACUUCGACCUGCCGAUGGAUCAGCAGGGACGAGCCGAUUGCGAAACGUUUCUACAUCGAAUUAGACGUACCGGUAGAUUCGAACGGAAUCACCAUCAACUUAGUGGACAGUGA